UCAUCAUCCGAUCCACAAUGUUUAUAUUUCAGAAACACUUGUUCAAAAUGCCUGUACGGGACCGGUUAGUGGAGAUGCAGAAAGCAUCUAAAUAUUGUAAAGAUAUUGAAAAGGGAGAAGAGGAAACGGAAAUGAAACCACUCAAUAACAAACCUUCGGCUUUUGAAGAUUUUCUUGAGAUAGCAGAAACUUUAGCCACCAACGUGGGUAUAGUAGAAAAGAAUGUUGGAGAAAUGAAACUUCUACAAAAAAUGGUUUUCAGUACUCCUUCUAGAUCUGAGAGAGAGAAACUUCAAGCUAAAUUAAACGAUCUUAUUGACAUUAAUAAAUCACUAGGACGUAAAGUGCAGAAAACAGUGAAGGAAGAACAACAAAAAAUCAAUAAACUUGAAUCUAAGAGCAGUGGAUUAAGCUCUAAAGAUUGGUCCGAACUUAAUAUUCGCAAAAUCCAGAUUUCCACACACUCAAAACGAUUUCUUGAAAUCUGGACGGAGUACAACAAUAUUCAAGUGUGGUACAGGGAUAAAACUAAAGAGAAUCUAGUAAAGAAUAUAAAAAUAACUGGAACCAAUCUGACCAAUGAAGAGAUCGAAGAGAAAAUAGAUUCAGGGGACUUGGCAGCCUUCUCUAGUAUACUCCAGGAGACAGCUAAAGCGAAAGAUGACCUAGUUGCUAUAGAGAAUAGGCAUGCAGAGAUGCUAAAAUUAGUUCAUCAUCUUUCAAGAUGCUGUUUAUCUAUUUAUCUGAAUUGUAUAAUAUUUACUGCCAUUUAUUUUAAAAAAAGUUGAAGCACUCUUUACCUUAAUCAUUGGUUGGCAUUUGUCUCGCAAAUCACAGGACAUGUUUUCUUGAAGAAAUGUAAUACUAAACUUACCAUUUGUUUUAUUCGGGUUUUUAAACAACUCAUUAACUAUUCCCUGGUUUUACAGUUGACUCGCGUAUCUUAAAAACCGGUUUUUAUAUAAUUAGCACUUAGUAUUUUAAACUCUGUAAUCAGUACAAUUUAAAUUUUAAUUGUUGUGCAUUGGAAGCAUUGUAACAUACAGGGUUGGUUAAAAAUUAGUCUUGUUAUCCUACUCAAGUUUUCUGUACAUAAAGUAAAUAUUUUAACUCAAAUAAGUUUUUUCUGUCAUUGUCAUGUCAUGGUGAACCAAAUUAACCUUUAGGGAGGUAAAUUUAAACACGUGAACCAGAUUAGUGCAAGGUCUGGACAAUAAGCCCGGUUACGAACUUUCUUUCCUUGCAAAGUGGAAACAUGAUUUUUAACACAUCCUGUAUUCUGUAAAUUCUUUUACGUUUGUAUAUAAUAUAUAUGUACAAUGGUAUUCGCGUACACUUUAUAUAGAAUAGUUGUAAAUAUGUUUGUUUACUUUAUUUUGUGAAUCCGGAUAAAAAGCUUUAAUCUUUCAAAUUGUCAUUGUAUUGUUAGAAUCAGUUUUAUUUUCACCAGAGAAAAGAAAUAUAAAAUAUUCCUCACUAA